UGGCUCGACAAGGGGAGGGAGACGCGGCUGUUGCUGAAUCUACUGCUCUUGCUGGUGGCAUUUUACGUACGUCGCAUUAAAACAGCAGUCACGGAGCCGUUUUUUUUAACGUGUUUUGGAAUGUUGCUGUUAAACACAACCGGUCAGUUAAGAAGAUGUUUCCGUAGCUCUCGUUAUACUAACGUUAGUUAACGGCAGUUAGGCACAAAGGCGUUCAGUCAGCUACUAGCCUAGGUUAGCUACGGGUAACUAGCUUGCUAACAACACAGCCGGUGAGGACGAGCACAUCCUUGCGCAGCCAUACUCGGGUUAAUCUCUGCUGGCUCGCUCCGCCGGUUACGUUAGCCGUUUUGUGGUAGUGAUUUAUCUGUAAGUCAAGUGGUUGUUUUAGCACUCGCCACUCAUGCCUCUGAUACUUAAAGCAACGGUACCGCAUAGCUGGGUCGUUGGUUGCAUGUUUUUCAGCUAGUAGCCGCGACUGGGCUUCGGGCUCAUACAGGGAUGGUGGCGGUAGCAAAACAAGCUAACGUUACUCCGUAUCUGCGAAGAAGUGAGUGCGAGAAGUGAGGAGACACUUCGGCCAAGUGGGAGUUCUCAGUUUUGUUUAUGUUACUUGUAAUUUCGGGGGUGAAUGACGCGGGGACGCGCCUGACUAUCCUUGAACGCUGCUUGAACUGAAACUGGAGAAAUCGCUAACAGAUCGAAGGGGAUUAUUUUUGUGUCUCUAAGUGGAUUCGGCCUCCUGUUCAGAAUCGUCGUGGGAACACAGCAAGUGAUUUGACCUUGAGUGAGCCCACUCCCACAAAAUAUCUAAUCUCCCGCCGACCCCCCUUGCUUCACCCUCCGAUGCGGAGACUUCAGUAGCACCGGCAACCCUAUCCCCCACGGCGGCCGGACAUGCUGAAGUGUAUCCCCCUGUGGCGCUGCAACCGCCACGUCGAGUCGGUGGACAAGCGGCAUUGCAACUUGCAGACAGUCCCUGAUGAGGUGUUCCGCUACAGUCGCAGCCUGGAAGAACUUCUCCUCGAUGCCAACCAACUCAAAGAGCUACCAAAGCCUUUCUUCAGACUACUGAACCUACGGAAGCUCGGCCUGAGUGACAAUGAGAUCCAGAGACUCCCUCCUGAGGUGGCCAACUUCAUGCAGCUCGUGGAACUGGACAUCUCCAGAAACGACAUUCCUGAGAUCCCUGAGAGCAUUAAGUUUUGCAGGGCCUUGGAGAUCGCAGACUUCAGUGGAAAUCCCCUGUCCAGAUUGCCGGAUGGUUUCACUCAGCUCCGAGCGUUGGCACACUUGGCACUCAAUGAUGUGUCGUUGCAGACGUUGCCCAACGACAUUGGAAACCUGGCCAACCUGGUGACGCUGGAGCUCAGGGAGAACCUGCUCAAGUCUCUUCCCACGUCGCUCUCUUUCCUGGUGAAACUGGAACAGCUGGACCUGGGCAGCAAUGAACUGGAAGUUUUGCCGGAUACCCUUGGUGCUCUUCCCAACCUGAGGGAGCUAUGGCUGGACCGUAACCAGUUGUCCUCAUUACCACCAGAGCUGGGGAACCUCCGGAGACUGGUGUGUCUGGAUGUGUCCGAGAAUCGUCUGGAGGAGCUUCCCUCAGAGCUGAACGGCCUCCUGGCUCUCACUGACCUGCUGCUCACACAGAACCUGCUGGAGGUCAUCCCAGACACCAUAGGCUGCCUGAAACAGCUGUCCAUCUUGAAGGUGGACCAAAAUAGACUGACCCACCUGACUGAUUCAAUAGGAGAGUGUGAAAACCUCACAGAACUCGUCUUGACAGAGAACCUUUUACAGUCACUUCCUCGCUCGCUGGGCAAGCUGAAGAAGCUGACCAACCUGAAUGUAGACCGUAACCGCUUGGGCAGCGUGCCCAAAGAGCUGGGCGGCUGUGCCAGCCUCAACGUUCUCUCUUUGAGAGACAACCGCCUGGGCAAACUGCCUGCUGAGCUUGCAGAUGCCACUGAGCUGCAUGUGUUGGAUGUGGCUGGAAACAGAUUACAAAACCUGCCUUUUGCCCUGACAAACCUCAAUCUGAAGGCCAUGUGGCUCGCAGAGAACCAGUCACAGCCAAUGCUCAAGUUUCAGACUGAGGACGACGAGCACACAGGAGAGAAGGUGUUGACCUGCUAUUUGCUGCCCCAGCAGCCUUCUCCGAGCCUAGAGAACUUGCUGCAUAACAGUGUGGAUGACAGUUGGACAGACAGCAACCUGAACCGAGUGUCAGUCAUUCAGUUCCAGGAAGAGACCAAGGCUGAGGAGGAGGAUGAUGAGGCUGCUGCAGAGCGCAGAGGUCUCCAGCGCAGAGCCACGCCGCACCCUAGUGAGCUGAAGGUGAUGAAGAAGGUGAUUGAGGAGAGGAGGAAUGAAGCUUACACAUCCAGGCCUGAUGGAGAAGAGUCUCCUAAUCCACAGGAGAAGCGGCUCAGUGACCUCUCCAAUCAGAGCCGUGACUCCCAGGUGUCCAAUAGCACACUGUCGGCCACCUCCCAUGAGGACAGACAAAAUGUGACUGCAGCCUCGCACAGGGAGGAUCUUGUAGAUGGCCACUCCCCUCAGGAGGACGAAGAGCUGGAUGAAAUGGAGGUGGAGUACAUUGAGCCCACUGUGCACUUUGCAGAGGAGCCCAUCUUCCGUGGUGGCGAUGAGGACGACGAGGAGGAUGGUGAGAGGAGUGAUGUGGAAGACGAGAGGCCGGCUUUUCCCGCAGAGAAGCAGCGUCUGAUCAGAAAGGACACGCCACACUACAAGAAGCACUUCAAGAUCACCAAGCUGCCCAAGCCCGAGACGGUGGCUGCGUUGCUGGAGGGCUUCAGUCCCAACUCCCUCAACUCUCCGACACAGGCUGCUGAGAAUGAGCAGGAUGAGGAGGAGGAGGAGGAGGAGGAGGAGCAGGAGCAGGAAGAGCAAAGUAUAUGCACCCCUCAGCAUCAUCACAGAAUGGAGGCACUUGAGGACAGCCGGCUCCAGGUCAAUUCCAGUCAAGUAAAGGGGGUGUCAUUUGAUCAAGUCAAUAAUCUGCUGAUUGAACCUGCUCGAAUUGAGGAGGAAGAGCACACCUUGAUCAUCCAGCGACAAACAGGUGGCCUGGGUAUCAGCAUUGCUGGAGGGAAAGGAUCUACACCGUACAAAGGAGAUGACGAGGGAAUCUUCAUCUCAAGAGUAUCUGAGGAGGGUCCGGCAGCCAGAGCAGGGGUGAAAGUAGGAGACAAACUCCUAGAGGUGAAUGGAGUGGACCUCCAUGAAGCAGAACAUCACACAGCAGUUGAAGCUCUUCGUAGCUCUGGUGCUACAGUUUCCAUGACAGUGCUACGGGAGCGUAUGGUGGAGCCAGAGAAUGCCAUCACCACCACGCCACUGCGGCCAGAGGAUGACUACUUCCCGCGGGAGAGACGGAGCAGUGGCCUCGCCUUCAACUUGGAGACGACUCCCAGUGGGCCUCAGCAGCGACUCUCUACCUGCCUGAUCCGAAACGACAAGGGGCUGGGAUUCAGCAUCGCAGGGGGUAAAGGCUCCACGCCCUACCGCACAGGAGACACGGGAAUCUAUAUCUCUCGCAUCGCAGACGGGGGAGCGGCACACAGAGACAGCACGCUGCGAGUAGGCGACAGGGUAAUCUCUAUCAAUGGUGUAGACAUGACAGAGGCCAGGCAUGACCAGGCAGUAGCGCUUCUUACCGGCACCUCCCCCACCAUCGCCCUCCUAGUGGAGCGAGACCCGAAUGCACCAGUGGGCUCUCCAGGUCAAUCCCGGGCACGAGCCCACUCCCCUCCACCCCCAGAACCCUCAGAUUCACCAGACCAGGAGGAGGAAGGCCUUUCCCUUCAUGGGAACCACCUGAGCCAGAUGGAGGACGAGUAUCCCAUCGAGGAAGUGACCCUGGUGAAAUCAGGCGGCCCUCUAGGCCUGAGCAUCGUAGGAGGCAGCGAUCAUGCCAGUCACCCAUUCGGCGUCAAUGAACCUGGGGUGUUCAUCUCAAAGGUGAUUCCUCACGGUUUAGCGUGUCAAAGUGGACUGCGUGUUGGGGACCGAAUAUUAGAAGUGAACACCAUCGACUUGCGCCAUGCCACACACCAGGAAGCUGUGCGAGCCCUGCUGGCCAACAAGCAGGAGAUCCGUAUGUUAGUACGGAGGGACCCUUCACCGCCUGGGAUGCAGGAAAUUGUGAUCCAGAAGCAGCCCGGGGAGAAGCUUGGCAUCAGUAUUCGUGGAGGGGCCAAGGGUCACGCAGGAAACCCCUUUGACGCCACAGAUGAAGGCAUCUUCAUCUCUAAGGUUAGUUCGACCGGUGCAGCAGCAAGAGACGGCCGACUGCAGGUUGGCAUGCGUAUCCUGGAGGUGAACAAUCAUAGCCUGCUGGGGAUGACGCACACGGAGGCAGUGCGAGUGCUCCGUGCUGUCGGAGACUCCCUGGUCAUGCUGGUGUGUGACGGCUUCGACCCACGAAAGGAGUCUGCCGUGGAGGCGUCUCCUGGCAUCAUUGCCAACCCAUUCACAACAGGCAUCGUCCGCAAGAACAGCAUGGAAAGCAUCUCUUCUAUAGACCGAGACCUGAGCCCAGAGGAGAUGGACAUCAUGCAGAAGGAGUCUGAGAUGGUGAGAGAGACGUCGCAGUGGGAGCGAGAAGAGAUGGAGAAAGUGGAGCGUAUGCGCUUGGAGCGUGAGGAGGCAACUCGCCUGCUAGAAGAGGAGACUGAG